GGUAAAGAAUGAUUGAAUUUGCCUGUCUCGACUCUCAAGUCUUGUGUUGUCUGGUCUUUCCACUCCCAACUCCCAAAUCUCUCAAUCUAUUCCUCAAUUCCAUUCUUUGAUCCCAACUCCAUCGUACUCCAUUGAUUCUUUUCCGUGCCUCCCUCUCGCCUCACUGCCCUCUCUCCUCGCCUCACAGUCACAUCGGCCCAACCACCACCAAGAAUCAGUAAAGGCUUUCCCGCUCAAAACCGCCCAGCCCACGCCUUGUUAGGAUUGAAAUCCUGCCCCCCAUACAUAAUACACACAUCCAGAUAUCCAGAUAUCCAGAUAUCCAUACUCCUAGCUUCUAGCUUCUAGCUUCUAGCUCCUACCCUCUAGCUCCUAGCUCCUACCUCCUAGGUGCAUACGACUAUACUUGCCGCACGACGCAGGAAUAAAUCAUAAACUUGAUUAAACAUCAAAAAGAAGAAAAACCUUCUCCACCGCUGGUUCCACCGUUCCACCGUUCCACUUUCUUGACUUCAUCCAUCUAAUCACUCCACACUUUCGCAAAUCCCAUAAUCAUCAAUUAUCGAAAGGUACAAGAAAAGUAUCCACGUUGGAAUUACUUGGAUCCAAGGGUAUUUGUCUCAACUGUUUCGGAAGAUUUUACCCCUCUAUCUGUCAAAUCACAUCAUCAAUAUCAAUAUCAAAAUCGUCUAGAAGCAUCAAAACCCAGAGAGAAUCCCACUUAGGAACGACAACAACAACAACAAUCUUUCUCCAUAUCUUUCUAGAAACCCCAUUAUUACCAAUACAAACAUCAGGAAUUGGUCAAGGGUUAUAUUCAUGCCAAAUCAUACAUCAAUUUCGAAACACCACGUUCCAUACCACGUUCUACACCACGUUAUUGAAUGUGUACAUACGCUACUGUCAUGUCAUGUUAAUAUCUACCACCGGAAUCGACCGUUUUUAAUAACUUGAUUAUUAUUACUUUUUUUUAAAGAUUUUUUUUUGGAUACUAUACUCUCUCAACAAGCCUUGAAUACAACUCAUACACAUAUAUUCAUUCAAAUAUAUUUAUUAUCAAUUCACUAUAUCGAAUCUACAUUGCCACUGUUCUACUCUUGGAUCAUUCCACUAUCAACACUAUCUAUCCAUACUCUUCAGACACUUACUGGACCAAAUCUACCUUACUUUUCGCAAGUAACUCAAUCCCAUUUCAAAAUGCCAGACUACAUGCGAAGAUAUACUACCGAUCAUAGUACGAGUAGUAGAGGUUCCCGUCAGAGUGAUGAAUCCUCUCGAGAAUCUCAUAGUACCGCACCAACCUCCAUAUACAACAGUCCUCGACCAUCAAUUCAUCAAUAUCAACCUGAAAGACCCAUCUAUUACCAAAAAGAGUCUAUAGAUUUAUCUCCAAGCGAUAUCUCACCAAUAGAUUAUCCUCGCUCAUCUCAAGAAACAUAUGCAUCAACGUCUGCAUCUCAAGAAGAUCUCUAUGAUGAACCUGAAAGCUAUGAUCCAGAAUACGAUGUCCCGGAAUAUAAAACCGUGGUUGAAAGUAAUCUGAGACCAUCCAAUGCUCAAGAUUUCGCCCGAUAUUUCCCUUCCACAAAGCGUCUCUACAUUCGUCAUGAUGAUACUUCAUAUGAUGGAAAUAUGAAUCUUCGCGUCGAUACAGAAGAUGGUCAUGGUCAAGAUAAAGAAAUCAUUCAACUCUUUCAUCUGCGCAUGCACGAUCUCAAGAAUCGCGAAUUCAGCCUCCGUCGCUACGAACGCUCAAGUGGUCGCGAAGUAUGCCACUCGAGUAGAAAAUACGCCAAACCCACCGAGAGAAGACCUUCCGUCUUAACCCGUUCCGUCAGUAGUGCCUUUGCAAGUAUGCGCAAACCCAGCAUUUCUCGACAAAACUCGACAACUUCACCCAUCAAGCCCAUGGGGGGAGUUCAAAGACACGAUAGCGGAUACGCAUCGAAUUCCGAAUCGGACUCCGAUGUCGACGCAUUCAUGGCUCCGAAAAAAGCCGCGGCCUCGUCGAUCCCUACCAAUACGACCAAACUUGAAUUCUCAAACUAUGCGCAAAUAGAAGUCAAGCGUCGAGGAGCAAAAUCGCAGAAGAGAUAUGAGUUUGAAUAUUGGGGAUACUCAUAUUCAUGGAAACGAGUCGUGGAGAAGGAUGGCGAUGGAAAAGCCAUUUCGUAUCAUUUGUUUAAAGGGGAUUCGGGUAAUGCAGUAGCGCAUAUCGUACCGGAGUUGCGAUCGAGAGAGCAGGUUCGAGAGGAGGAAUUGGUGGGGGGUUGGGUCCCACCGUGUCAAAUGUGGAUUAGUGAGAAGAGUGUCUUGGAAAAGGUUACGGAUGUUGCUGAUGUCAUUAUCUCAACUGGCCUCAUAGCCCUCGUCGAUGAUAGCAUCAAACGACAUUUCCAACCUAAACCCACUUCCCACUCUUCUCAUUCCCACUCCAACUCCUACACCACAUCUCCCUUCACACACACACACACAAACACAAACACAACUCCCCACUCCCAUUCCCAAGCACUCACCCCCCGUUCUUCUCCCCGCACCCUCCCCCUCCCUCCCCUCAACAUGAAUCUCGAAUUCGUCGGGCCCCGCGCCAUGGUCGAACACAUGUUCAAACGACGCAACUCGGGGGGCUCGAGUAAAUCGCGAGAGCACGAGAAGAGAAAACAUUCUCCGUUGAGAUACGCGCAAGGUGCCGGGUUGGGAAGAGCGUAAGAGAUGGGGAAUACAUGAUAUCGACAGAUUUUUUGGAAAAAUACAGAGGCAGAUGCAAAUACAGAUGCGAAUGCGAAUGCGAAUACAGAUUUGGGAACACAGUACCGGCCGGGUUUAGGUCUCUGGGGUGGGUUCUUGGGGCUUGGUUUGGUUUGGUUUGAUUUGGGUUGGGUUGGUUUGCUAGGGUUGGUGGGUUGGGAUGGGAUGGGGAUAGGAAAUGUGAUUUAGGACUAGGGGUUAUGAUUGUGGUUGUGGUUGUGAUUGUGAUUGUGGAUAUUUUUAUUUUAUCUUUUUUCUCUCUCUUUGAUAUUCUUUUCUUGGAGGAUAUAUGAUUAUGAUUAUUAUGAUUUGGAUUGGAUUGGAUUGGAUUGGAUUGGCUGGGAUGGGAUGGGAUGGGAUAGUAUACAAUAGGGCAGACAGUAUAUGAAAGGAUAUGACAUGAUAUGAUAUGAAAGGAUAGGAUAGGAUAGGGUAAAAUACUUAGGAUUUAGGAAUACAGUACAUAUAUGUAUAAAUGACAAUAACAAACAAUAACAAUAUUUGGAUCAAGAUAAUCAAUAUUAUUAUA